AUGAUUAAAGUUGGAUUACAGUCUUUAAGUAAAAAUCUACAGCUGCAGCGGGGAGGAUUUGGAUGCCUGAAGAGCAGCAUUCCCCAGCGCAGCUUUAACACCACUACACGCCGUCUUCUGCCGCGUAUGGGCGGUGGCGGUGGCGGUAGUGGUGGCGCUGGCUAUACGUUCAACCAGCAGCAAGGAACGGGCACAUCGGGCACAUCCGCCGAAGCCAAAAGCAAGUACGCAACCGCAGCGCUCGCAGUGGGUGGUACGAUACUGGGAACGCACUUUGUGCUGAAUAGAGAGACGCGCGAAGGCGGUCUAUCGCCAUUCGAGGCCAAGUAUCUCAACGAAACAUUCACGUGGCUUGGCGGAGGACUCGCUACCGUCACCGCCUUCUCCGUCGGGCUGUUCAGAUCGAAUGUAACAGCGAGACUAAUGGCUAUGAAUCCAUGGGCUUUCGCCGGUAUCUCGCUCGUGGGCUCUAUCGGAUCUCUGAUGGGUAUGAGGAUGACUGCGCCAGAUAAUAAGGGCGGAAAAACUGCUUUCUGGUUCCUGUUCAACGCCGCACAGGCUGCCACACUCUCACCACUCCUCUAUGUCGCCCCACCAGCUCUCAUGGUUAGAGCUGGCCUUUACACGGCUGGCGUGAUUGGCAGUCUUAGCUACGUCGGCGCCACCAGCAAGAACGACACAUACCUCUAUCUCGGUGGCCCAUUACUCGCUGGAUGCGUCGUUAUCGCGAUCUCCAGCCUCAUUCCAAUGUUUAGAGUCGGCGCUGGUGUUGCUAAUGCUGCUAGCAACGUCAGUCUCUACGGUGGAUUAGCCGUCUUUGGUGGAUUCACGCUUUACGAUACACAGAGAAUAUUGCAAAAGGCUAGAAUGAUUGAGGGUGGUGCACCUAUCCCAUACGACCCACUCAAUGAAUCCAUUUCCCUCGAACUUAACUUUAUAAACCUCUUUAUCAGGAUUCUUACGAUUCUUAUGAAUGGCCAGGGUGGGAAUAGACGUCGUUAA